AUGUCCUCGAAUUUAAUUCGAUUCGUUGGUAAUCACGACAUCGCUUCAGAAGGGAAAUUUCUCUUUGAAAUUCUCUCUCAGCUUCGCAAUUUUGGCGUUGGUCGCCUCGUAACGAAGAACGAAUGGGCUCGAAAAUGGCCGAACAAUCCAUCUUAUAUGAAGAUUCUCCGGGCUGAACCAGGAAUGGAUCGAUGGUUGUUCGAGGGAAAAAUUUACGCAGAAUGGGUUUUCAGAGGAAAGAAUUUAGGAGUUUACGAAUUUUCAAAAGAUUUGAACAGAAGUGACUGGCAGCUGGUUCAUAAACAUCAAGAAAAAUCAUACACGUCUUGCUCGACACCAAUGCAAGAACUCGUACUUCCUGAUUCAUUCCCACUUCCACCCCUUCAAGUUCAUUUGUCACAGAAAAGUGCUCGAAAGAACGGAAUGGAUGAGAAAAGUGUGUCGAGAAGAGCGCCACUUUUGCUCAGCAUCGAUCCAGAAUUCCAACAUUUGAAACCAUUCAUCAAACAGGAAGCUCCGGAGGCAAAUAGUUCAUCAAUUUAUGAAGAGAUUGACAAAAAUACAUUGCUGGACCUCUACGGAAAUGAAUUACCUGUGAAGGUAGAAGCAUGGAAUGUCGGACCAGCAGUCUUCCAGCCACGAUUCAAUGCCACAACAAUGCGAGUCAAAGAACAACCGACAAAGUGA